AAACAUUGAAUCGCGCCAUUUUAACAUUCCGUUCUUUCCGUUUUUGACAUUUGUUCUAAGCUGUUCUCCCUCCGGUUCAGCGCUGAGCAAUUUUCAAUUGAAAUUGUUUAUCUCGACCGGGAAAUCGCAUCAAAAUGGCAGCCGCUGUUGUAUCUGGCAAAGAUAUUGAGAAGCCCCAGGCCGAGGUUUCCCCCAUCCAUCGCAUCCGUAUCACGCUGACGUCUCGCAACGUGCGCUCCCUCGAAAAAGUGUGCUCGGACCUCAUCAAUGGUGCCAAGAAACAAAAGCUGCGUGUUAAGGGACCAGUCCGCAUGCCAACCAAGAUUCUUCGCAUUACCACCAGAAAAACCCCCUGCGGUGAAGGUUCCAAGACAUGGGAUAGGUUCCAGAUGAGGAUCCACAAGCGUGUGAUCGACCUCCACUCACCCUCCGAGAUUGUAAAGCAGAUUACGUCGAUCAACAUCGAGCCUGGUGUAGAAGUAGAAGUUACCAUCGCCGAUGCAUAGGCAUAACUGCCAAUAAAAUCUAUUAAAUAUAUAAA